CAGAUUUUACAAGAUGAUGAAUUGUAUCAAGUUCUUAUCAUGGUUUUUAGUGCAUUCUGUGUUAUUUUUAACUAUACUUACUUUUAUUCCUGGACUGCCACCACAUGGGGACUUUUUAGUUGAAGAGAUUGCCCCUACUACUCCACGUGAAGGUCCAUUUGCCCUCAACAACAUCCUUGACCGAGCUCAACGACAUUAUGAGAAUGUUUUUGUAGGGCCUGAAUCUGUGGCUUACAGAAACAAACCUAAUGAAAUUUUUGUUAGCAUGCAUGGAGGAUCCAUAAUAAAAAUUACUGGAUCAUCAUACUCAGAGGUUGAAGAAGUUGUUAAAAUUGGGCCUGGUUGUGAGGGUUAUUGGGAGGAAAAGGUUUGUGGUCGCCCUCUGGGACUUCGAUUUGGCCAUGAUGGCAAGCUGCUUGUUGCUGAUUCCUAUCUUGGAAUUUUCAAAGUUGACGUUGAUGCAGGAACUAAAGAACACUUGUUAGAUUCAAAAGAACCAAUCAAUGGUACAAGACCCAUGAUUGUGGAUGAUAUUGAUGAAGAUAUCGAAGGUAACCUCUACUGGUCUGAUGCUUCCACUAUCGCCAGCCUGGAUGCUGGCGCCCUUGAGAUCUUGGCUGGUCCAACAGGACGGUUGAUAAAAACUGAUGUUAAAACUGGCAAAAAUAUUGUUCUGUUGGACAAACUCUUCUUUGCCAAUGGCGUUCAACUUUCACCAAAGGAAGAUUUUGUAUUGGUCUGUGAGACAAUUAGAAGCAGGGUUAUACGGUACUGGUUGAAAGGAGAAAAGGCUGGUACCCAUGACGUUUUCAUUGACGGUCUGCCAGGCCAUCCUGAUAACAUCCGAGCAAAACCUGGAGGCGGAUACUACCUGUCCUUGGUUGCCAUGAAGAGCUCCAAUUCUAUCGACAUGAUUGGAACGCUGCUCAGGCUGCCUUGGCUGCGGAGACUUUUGGCCCGCAUUGGAUACGGCACAACAAACAUCCUCGAGAUGGCAGCUCACUAUUUCCAGAGCCAGUUUCUGGCACGAGUCUCGUAUGCUGUCCUCGACCUGGCAACAACGGCUGCUACUUUUGGAAAAGAAGGCUCGAUGGUAGUGAUCUUGGAUGCUGAAGGGUACGCCAAGUAUUCGUUGCAAUCACCAGCGGGAGUUGUAGGCUCCGUUUCUGAAGCCACGGAGACAAAUGACAUGCUUGUGUUGGGGUCCCCAUACAACAAGUUUCUCGCCAUGAUACCCUUGGAAAAGAUUAAACCCAGCCGAUCUGGUGCCAAACCAACGAGGCCCAUUGAAAUGAAUCUCGGAGGCUCACUUGCUAAUGCUGCUGGUUCAGAUGACAAAGGCGGGAGCCCAGUUGCCAAAGAUGGAGGCCCAGCUGCCAAAGAUGGAGGCCCAGCUGCCAAAGAUGGAGGCCCAGCUGCCAAAGAUGGAGGCCCAGCUGCCAAAGUUGGAGGCCCAGCUGCCAAAGUUGGUGGCCCAGCUGCCAAAGAUGGAGGUCCAGCUGCCAAAGAUGGAGGUCCAGCUGCCAAAGAUCGAGGCUCAGCUGCCAAAGAUGGAGGCCCAGCUGCCAAAGAUGUUGGCUCAGCUGGCAAAGAAGAAUUGUAGAGACAUUGGUAGCGUCACCGAGAUUGGGAGAGCAAGCCGUGGGUUUGACUCUGGAGAACUCGAGCUCAGUUCACUUCCCGGAGUUGCUGGUGAGCUGACGCAGGCAAUGUCUAAAACGAAUCUCAUGUACGUGUUACCUGGAGGGAUUUUAAACCUCCAGGAAGUAUUUUGAUCUUGAAACGAUCUUGGAGGUCGUUGGAGAGAUCUUGAGAUGCGAAUACUUACAGUUCAGGGCUAAUCUGUUGGCAUUUUUUGUGAUAUUCAGUUAGGAGGCUUGCAAAAUCUUCUUGUUUGGGAUUAAAUGGUGCAGUAACUCUGCGCUAGUAAUGGAAAUGGUGGGUUGGCAGAUUUGUGCUAUGAUGGUAAUUUUGGGUGGUAAGGAUGUAUGAUAAUUAUUUUCUUGUUAUCAGCAUGUUGCCCAAUAUCUUUCAUAAUGGCUUACGGUGUAUAGACUUAUGACUAUAAAAACUUUGUUUUCGAAAGUC